AUGACCACUCUAAGGUAUUGCACCGUUGAACAAGCUCUGCAAGAUUUGGCGAAUUUCAUACGCCAAAUGAACGUGAAAUACAAGUACUCUAAGCCAAAGUGGGUGACUUUCGGUGGAUCGUAUGCAGGUACAUUGAACGCUUGGUUUCGUCGAAAAUAUCCACACAUGACAGUUGGUGCGGUGGCGAGUUCUGCUCCUCUCACUCACUACUUGGAUUAUUUCGGUUAUUCGAAGAUAAUGGAGAAAGUGAUUCGAGACACAAGUGCGAGUUGCCAUAAUCAAGUUGGUGGGGCGAUACAGGUGAUACUUAGUAAAACAUUUACAGCGAAGGGCCGUAACGAGCUGAGUGAGAAGCUGAGAUUGGCACCAGCAUUCAAUGAGACAACGCUGACAGUGAAAGAUAUUCAUCACCUCAUGGCAUCCAUAUACGAUCUAUUCCAAAGCAUCGUUCAGUAUUCAUAUGAUGGAAAGAUCAGGGCAAUGUUCGAUUGGAUGUAUGCGUUCGAUCAGAACAUGCCGUUGCUCCCCGAUAGCACACUGCCGAACAGCUAUCAGGACAUCAUUGAACCUUUGAAGAAUACAACUUUCGAUGAUGAAAACGGCAAUGAAAGGGCAAUUUCAGCAGCCUGGAGAGCCUGGAUUUGGAUUAGCUGUAAUCAACUUGGUCUCAUGCAAACCACCAGCUCUGGACGGAACAUCUUCGGAAGUAUGCUCCCACUAAAGUAUGGCAUUAAGCAUGAAUUUCUAAUUUCUGCUAAAAUUCCAUUCAGUGGCACCAAGAAUUCGUCGUUUAGAAGUGCAUUUUCAAAGUGGAUUUUCAGCUACUAUAUCGAUGCUUGUGUGGACAUCUUCGGUGAUACACUUAGUAUCACGACGAUUCGAGACAAUAAUCUUGCACUCCGCAGUAAUUACGGUGAUGCGACUGACUACACGGUUGCCAAUAUUGUUCUUCCAAACGGCUCACUUGAUCCAUUCCGUCUUCUCGGUACUUAUGCGGACUAUCCUGUGAUACAUCAAAAGACUAUGCUCAUCGAUGGAUCAUCGCAUUGUGCCGAUAUGUAUCCACAAUGGAGUGGUGAACCACCGGCUCUUGCUUCUGCAAGGGCUGAGAUCCAAAAAGAGCUCGAGUACUUCAUUGAGUCCGAUUUCCGUCAUGUUGGUGCACGUCCGGAUAAGAUCUGA